CGCACCAGAAUGGCGUCUUCAAGAUGACGUACGUUGCGUCGUCACCGGUAGUCCCACAAUUCAACUCGGCGCGCGAAAGCUGACUGAGGUAAACAACAGAAGAGUGCAGAUCGCUGACAGAUCUAGACCGAACAAACAAUGAGCAAAAAAGACAGUGCAGGUGCCGCACAGAUCCUCGCUUACUUGAAUGAGAAAAACAGACCCUUUAGUGCUCAGGAUGUCUUUACAAACCUACAGAAGCAGUGUGGUCUGGGUAAAACGGCUGUGGUCAAAGCAAUGGAGCAGCUGGCCCAGGAGGGAAAGAUUCAGGAGAAAGUCUAUGGAAAGCAGAAGAUCUACUUUGCAGAUCAGUCUCAGUUUGCGGAUGUGAGUGAUACUGAACUUAAGAAGAUGGAUGCUCGUAUUGUGGAAAUCAGCACUGAAGUACAGACCAUAUCACAGAGCUGCAGGCAGCUGGAUACAGAACUGAAGGAGCUGAACAGCUCAUUAACCACAGCGGAGAUGAAGGCACAGAUCCAGGAGCUGCAGGCAGAGUGCUCUGGGUACAGAGAGAGGCUGGAUGAAAUCAAGUCAGCUAAAAACCAUGUGACCCCUGAGGAGAGGCAGAAGGUUUACAAGGAGAGAGAGACUUAUGUGAAGGAGUGGAGGAAGAGGAAGAGACUGGUUACUGAUAUGGUUGGAGCUAUUUUGGAGGGGUACCCAAAGAGCAAGAAACAGUUUCUGGAGGAGGCUGGGAUUGAAACAGAUGAGGACCAUAAAGUGACAAUGCCCAACAUCUGAUGGAGGACUCACUGAAUAAAUUCAGAUGCCACCAACAUUGUUGCCGGGACGCCUAACCUUUGGGAAGGUUGGAAAAUAAAGUAGAGGAUUCUAGGACACCAAGAUAACUGUUUUGUUAAAAA